CUGCUCAAGUCAUGCUUCCUAACUAACCAACCAGCCAAGUAGUGGAGAACUUCUCUAUGACAAAGUUCUAUCAACAAUCUUCAGAAGGCUGUCCUUAGGGCAGAACUAAACGAGUGAGAGCCCCUGGGUGUUUCACCUCAUUUCUGGUGGUCCUCUCUUUCCACGUCGCAGAGCACUGGAGAAAUAUGGAAAGGGCAAACCUGAGCCGAGGGAUUGAGUUUGAGCUCUUGGGCCUCACCAGUGACCCCUGGCUCCAGAGGCUGCUCUUCAUGGUGUUCCUGGGCAUGUACACUAUCACGCUGCUGCGGAAUCUGAUCGUGUUCAUUAUGAUCCACUUGAGUGCCACCUUGCACACACCCGUGUACUCCCUUCUGAAGAGCCUCUCCUUCUUGGAUUUCUGCUACUCCUCCACAGUUGUCCCCUAGACCCUGGUGAACUUCUUAGCCAAGAGGAAGGUGAUCUCUUAUCCCGGCUGCAUGGCUCAGAUGUCUUUCUAUGCGGGUUUUGCCACCAGUGAGUGCUAUCUCGUUGCUGCCAUGGCCUACGACCGCUAUGCGGCUAUUUGUAACCCCCUGCUCUACUCAACUGCCACGUCUCCUGAGGUCUGUGCCUCUCUGAUCGUGGGCUCCUACAGUGCAGGAUUCCUCAGUUCUCUAAUCCACAUGAGCUGUAUCUUUAGUCUGAAAUUCUGUGGUGCUCACGUGGUCACUCACUUCUUCUGUGAUGGACCGCCCAUCCUGUCUCCGUCACGUGUGGACACUUCACUGUGUGAAAUCCUGCUCUUCAUUUUUGCCGGUUUCAACCUUGUGAGCUGUACCCUCACCAUCUUGGUCUCCUACCUCUUCAUUCUCAUCACCAUCCUGAGAAGGAACUCAGCCCAGGGCAGGUUCAAGGCCGUUUCCACCUGUGCUUCCCACUUCGCUGCUGUGUGCCUCUUCUAUGGCACAACCUUCAUGUACCUGCGCCCCAGGUCCAGCCACUCCUUGACCCAAGACCGCAUGGUUGCUGUGAUCUACACAGUGGUGAUCCCAAUGCUGAACCCCCUUAUCUACUCUCUGAGAAACGAGGAUGUGAAAGAAGCUUUAAGAAAGGUUUGGGGAAGGAAAAUAAUGGAAUGAUCUUCUCAGUUCAUCACCAUAUAUCUUUAGAAAACUGAGGGUACUUGAUGUGGUGCCAACCAGAGUACAAUCCCAUGCUCACCCCUAUUUAUAGGGGCCACUCUCUGGUCUGCAGGUGCUUCUGCAUCUACCUGCCACAGAAAGAAUUGAUGGUGUCAUAGAGACUAAAAAGAAGCAAGGAGCGUCAGCUUGUUGCAUAAUUGGACCCACUGGCAAUAUUUAGUCAUGCCUUUGUUCAGAUGCUUCAUUCAUAUUUCCAUGUUUGUGAAUAUUUUAGUUUAUUAUUACAAACUGACAUUUACAUUCUUCAUAAUGAAAUUCUUCCCUUGACUAACUUGAAGACCUUCACUUCCUGGGGAAAUCCUCCCCAUUCUUUACAAUCUCUUCUUUGUAAAGGCUGACUCCUUGACUUAAAUUUUGUUUGAUUGACUAAUUAUUUGAAUGAUACUGUAACAACAAUUUCAAAAGCUCAGAUGACGUUCUAUUGUCUUUACUGACUUUUUUUCCUGGCCAAAUAGCUACUUAGUCACUUCCAAACUGGAUAAACUUGAGCAAGUUACUUAGCUUUUCUGAACCACAGAUAUCUCAUCUUUUAAUUGGUGUGAGUUUUAAACUAAGCAUUCAAUUAGAUAUUGCAGGUAAAUCAUUCAGCACAAGAUAGGCAUUUGUGGACUUCCCUGGUGGUCCAGCAAUUAAGACUCUGCACUUCC